AUGGCCACCAAGACUGUGCCACCUGCAACUUAUGCUGCUGGAAAUGCGCAUUCCGCGCCCCAAAUUCUUAGUCCUCUGGACGGUGUAACCGAAGUGCCCGAGGGUGAGCCCGUUCACUUGGAGUUGCGUGUUUCACCGCCUGGAGAUUUACAAGUUCAGUGGUUCCGUGAUGGACAUCCGCUUAGUGCCGUAGCUUUGAAUUCCGAAGUUCAACCGGGAUUCAACAAUAAAAAAGUGAUUCCGGUCAUAUUCCUUGUGCCUCCCAAUGCGAUCGUGCUCUGGUUGUUUUGUAGUAAAUUGAACUACGGUGCUCAAAUGGUAGGCCAAGAUCAGAUGGAUGCUCAGUGGGCUGAUCGAUACGAAGCCACCAGUGCACCAACCCGGGAAUACGAACGGGAUCAACGCAAUCAGCCAAAAUCGCCGCCACAAUUCGCCCAACAACCUGUGAUCAGCAGCUCGGAUGUGCUCGAAGGCGAACCGGUUCGCAUUGAAGCGCAUUUGGUGCCCACCAGUGAUGCUACACUACACGUUGAAUGGCUACGUGAUGGUCAGCCUGUGGGAACCGGCAGUCGAUUCAAUGCCGUCUUGGAUCGUGGUUUGGUCGUGUUGGAGAUCGGUUACUGUUUGGCAGAGGAUAGCGGUCACUAUGUGUGCGUGGCUUCAAAUGCUCUGGGCCAGGAACAAAGUCAUCCGAUUGAGCUGAGGUAA